AUGAACAACUUUACAAGCGAACGAAGAUACCCAACUGAGAGUUGCCUUGUGCUUCCUCCUCUGAUCAGCUCUGCUGGCUUGUUGACAGCAUCUGAUGAUCAAAAUUAUAGAUGGCUUGAUUAUGCAUCUCCUAGACUUCAGUUGAUCAUAGUUUUGAUCUUUGUCCUCACUCAAGGCUUUCAUUCUGUGCUCAAACAAUUAGGCCUGCCAAUCAUGACUUCCCAGAUCAUUGCUGGUGUAUUGUUAUCUGAAGCAGUGCUUCCAAAACAAUGGUUAGAUAUUCUGAUGUCAGAAGAUAGUGUUCAAUUGAUUGGCACCUUAGGGGAGUUUGGCUAUUCAGUUUUUGUCUUUCUGAGUGGGGUGAAAAUGGACAUGAGCAUGGUAACCAGAGUGGGAGCAAAGGCUUGUUAUCUAGCUUUUAUAUCCAUUCUAGUGCCGAUGAUAUAUGUCGUGUCAAGCAUAGUAAUGUUGACCAACAACCGGAAAGAAUUAAACAGCAUGAUGCAUAUUGCACCAUUGUUUUAUAUCACAUGCUUUCCAGUCAUUCAUUGCCUUCUCACAGAACUGAAAAUCCUCAACUCAGAACUUGGCAGACUAGCACACUCAACAGCGAUUAUUGCUGACUUUCUUAGUUUUAUUUGUGUAAUUGGCAUCUCCGUUGCUCUAGGAAUAAUUCAAGGAUUUCCUAAAUCCUUUCUUCCUCAACUAGGAAUUACAUUCUUCUUCAUUUUUAUUGCUAUGAUUGUGCUCCGACCAAUAAUGCUUUUGAUUGUGAAAUUAACCCCUGAAGGACGACAGGUAAACCAAACUUACAUAUAUGCAAUAAUAGUGGUGUUCCUAAUCAGUGUGAGGGUUAUUCCUCGAGGGUGUAAUAAGUUUUAUUUCAUAGUAAUUUAUGUUCUUGGCUUGGCUGUGCCUCAUGGACCCCCAUUGGGAUCUGCUCUGGUGGAGAAAUUUGAGUGUAUGGCUUCAUGUUUGUUUUUGCCAAUAUUUGUCACAACAUGUUCCAUGAGAUUACAGAAGUUAACUCUUGAUUUCAGAAACGAAAUGGUAAAAGAGCUUGCAAUUAUUGCUGCAAUGACUUUAUUGGUGAAAUUUUUGUCAUGUUUGGGCCCAUUGUUGUAUACGAAAAUGCAUAAACCUGAUGCAAUUGCUCUUGCUCUCAUAUUGAGCGCCAAGGGAGUUAUUGAGCUAGCUGCUUAUACCUUCAUGAGCGAUGGAAAGGUUCUCUCUCCACAAGUAUUCAAUGCAGGACUUAUUUUUGUCACUUUCAGUGCAAGCAUUGUGCCUGUUUUGGUGAGAAAAUUGUAUGAUCCUUCGCGGAAAUAUGCAGGCUAUCAAAUAAGGAAGAUCAUGGAUGCCAACCUUGAUGAAGAACUGCAUAUUGUUACUUGCAUUCAUGUUCCAAACAAUGUCACAUCAGUCAUCAACAUGCUGAACAUCUCAUGUCCAACCAGAGAAACCCCUCUAGCUGUUAGUGUACUUCACCUUAUCAAGCUCAGUGGGGUUGCAGCCCCAAUUUUCAUUUCCCAUGAAAAGAGAAGCAAAAGAUUCACUCGUUACUGGUACUCCGAAAAUGUCAUUCUUUCUUUCAUGAAAUUUGAGGGAAAUCAUUUUGGAACUGUAAAAUUGAAUGCCUUCACAGCUAUCUCUUCACCAGAGUUCAUGCAUGAUGAUAUUUGCACUCUUGCUCUUGACAAGCUUGCCUCUCUUAUCAUCCUACCAUUUCACAGAACAUGGUACAUUGAUGGCUCACUCGAAUCCGAAGAGCGCACCGUCAGGAAUCUAAACCUCAGAGUCUUGGAAAAAGCUCCUUGUUCCGUAGGAAUCCUCAUCGAUCAUGGCAACAUAAGGCGACCUAUCUAUUUGGAUGCACCAAUAGAAUCAUACUCCGAGGUUGCUAUGCUAUUCUUCGGUGGCAACGAUGACCGCGAAGCGUUGACAUUAGCCAAAAGAAUGGCUAGGAAGACGACAGUUAGACUUACAGUAGCACAAUUCGUUGCCAAGAAUGAUGAUGGUGAAGUAGACUGGGGUACAAUUCUUGAUUCUGAGGUUAUGAGGGAUGCUAAGAACAAUGAAUAUAUCAACUACGUUAAGCACGUCGUAAAUGAUGGACGUGAAACAGUGAACAUUGUUCAUUCCUUGGUGAAUGAAUUUGAUCUCAUCAUUGUUGGGAGAAGAUACAACAUAGAAGAUCCACAGACUUCGGGACUUAAAGAAUGGAGUGAAUUUCCAGAGAUUGGAAUCAUGGGAGACUUGCUCGCCUCCAAAGAUUUAACUGGGAAAUGUUCAGUCUUGGUUGUACAGCAACAACGUACAGUUUAA